AUUGAAGGUCAACCAAAAUAUGAUUUCGAGGUAUAUGUGUUUCCCGUAGAGGUCUCUUGCUCAAUUCAGGAUUUAGUUCGUGGUCCCCCAACUUUACCAAGUUUGAUCCUGAUAGAGUUACACUUGUUCAAAACAAAUAUGAUAAGCGUGAUAAAGAAACUCAUCGGUGCUCCACUUUCUUCACCAAAUCUAGCCCCUAUGGCUGGGGACAUGAUUGUUCAGAUCGUGGAAGGCUCAACCGCACACACUGGUCCUCUCGUGGAAAAUUUAAGCGAUGAACCACAUGUCGAAGAUGACAUGAAAAGUGGGUCCAAUGUCAUGGAUACCAAUAAGUCACUCACGAUGGAGGAAAUUGUUGUGCAUUCGGUAGCCAAACGCUCCCUUCUCCUUCCUUCUCACCCACUCAUGGAGUUGGGUCUGAGCUUAGGAGGCGGCGGCGGAAGCAGCCCCGCCGCCUUCAUGAAACCCUUCCCUUUUCUUGAAAAAAGGAAAAACCCCGCCCCCGCCGGAACCGGCGACCCUUUGGGCUUCUGCAUGGGCCUUGGAGCCGCCUGUGGCCCCCCUCGAGAACCGCCUCCGGUUCCGUUCGAUUUCCUCCAGGUUCACCCGCGCCGCCCACUCCGCUUCCGGUGGCGCCCGGAAACUCGCGUCCCCGAACCGGGUUUGUUAAACGGUCCGCCCGGCAUGUGGCUGGACAUGAACCAACGGCCGGCGGAAGAGGAGCACGCGGGGGCGGCACCGUCGUCUUUGAAGAUGGAUAUUUCCGACUUGAGAGCCGGAGUUUCGGGGAUGAAGGAUGCAUGUCACGGCGGCGGUAGUGGCGGCAGCGGCGACGGGGAAAUGGAGAGAGGCGGCAGUUCGUCGCAAUUGAGGGGAAGCGACGAGGAGGAGAACGGCGGUGGGUUGGGAAGGAAAAAGCUCAGGCUGACCAGAGAACAGGCGGCUUUUCUCGAACAAAGUUUCAAAGAACAAAACACUCUUAAUCCAAAACAAAAGGUUGCUUUAGCAAAGCUGCUGAAUCUUCGUCCACGCCAAGUUGAAGUGUGGUUCCAAAACAGAAGAGCAAGGACUAAGCUGAAGCAGACGGAGGUAGACUGCGAGCAUUUAAAGAGGUGCUGCGAGAGACUGAAGGAGGACAACACAAGGCUGCAGAAGGAGCUUCAUGAACUCCGGGCACUCCACGCCGCCUCCUCCCACCCCUUNUAUCCAUCACAACCCCCAGAAACCGUUUCCCCCUCAACCGCAUGCGGCGGCGUCGUGAUCGCGGGUGACCGGCCGUCCUCGCCCGCCGCCGUCGGCGGGCGUUAUAUGUUAGUGUCUGUUUAGUCGUCUUCCGUUUGUGGGGUGGGGUAUGUACAUGCAAAAAAGUCUUAAAACAUCUCUCUUUUUUUUUGUAUUAUUAUUGAACAAAUAUCUCUAGAUAUAUAGGAGAAAAGUGAACAUAUCAAAAAAUAAUUAAGAUUGACCUUG